AUGGCCAAACAAUCUCGAUCUAAUUCCAAUUCAACUGAUCACUAUCCACUCUAUCCAACAAAUUCGACUACAAGUAGUGGACAACAAAUGAUCAUGUUUUCUACAACUCCUGACUACAAAAACGAAGCACACUAUUAUGAGACGAAACUUGGUAGUGGUGCUUUAAUUUGUGACACUGAAUUGUCACCAGUUUGUAGUUGUAAUGAAUCAGUUUCCAGUUAUUUAUCAUGUGACGAUCAAUAUCAUAAACAACAGUCAUUCUCAAUUCGAACACUUGUGGUGACUGAACCUUAUUGGAAACGAGUGGGAAAGGUACUCGAUAAUAACAAGAAGAAUAUCAUGAUGGGAUGUAUCAUGUUUGUUCUGGUGUCUCUAUUCAUUGUCAGUACUGUUUACUUUGUAAAGAGUUUGCUGAUGAAUAAUAUUGUAAUAUUAACGAUUUGUGCUAUUAUGAGUUUGUUGGCAGCUUUGAUUAUUUCAGUUCUUGGAAUCAUUUGGUUGACCAAACAUAGUAGAUUCAAAACCACCGCCAUGUAGGGUAUUUGUUAAGAUAUUGUAAAUAGUAAUGUAAAUAUUAAUAUUAAUGAUGAUUAGCACACGAUCUCUUGUAAAUUAAACUAGUUUCUAAAGUAAAAGAAUAAAUCUUCUUUAUC